AUGAUUUAAAAUCAUCCUCUGUGUCCUAAAUCAGCAAUGGAAAAGUAUUAUAUGGAGCAGCAACUCCCUAAAUAUCAGACUCUACCUCCGUAGCUGGCGCAGAAGAAGAAUCACUCUUAUUAUCAUGAUAAUUCGAAUAUUUGGAACAAUCAACACCAAUCCAGUUCGAAUAUGAAGGUGUUUGCCAAGAUCUAAGAAUAGAAACUGAGAGGGGAGAAACGCAUUAAGUAAUUGCAAAAGCAAGAAGAGAGAGACAAAACAUUGUAUUAAAUGAGCAAGCACAUCUAUUUCAAUUAAUUGAAGCAGGAGGACCAUUUGAGGAUGCAAACUCGUAAAUUAGAGCGGGCAGGUCUACAAAAUCUGAGUCAAUAACAAUCGGAUAUUGAAGCAGAUCAAUUACAACUCAAACCCAUAUAAUACAAUACUACCUUGUAAGGAAGGCCUGAAUUGUUUUGGAAUAAAGUGGGGUAGCAUUCUCAGAAGCACAUUAAGAUGCUAGUGAAUCCAAAAAUCUUGGCCAUGGAAGAGGAGGCAGUGAAAUUGAUUGAGAAACGUAUUGAGAAAGAACACAAAGUUGAAUAAAUUAGGUGGGAAUUAAAACAAGAGAAUAUGAAACUUAUUCGGAAACUCAAUGCCAAGAGGUAAGAAGAAAACGAUGAAAUUCAUUAUAAAGCAGGGUUGUCUCCAUCUCACAAGAUGGGAAUCUCUAAAACCAUUCAUGUUAGACGACCAUCUCGUCCAUCUCGACCUUCUCUAGACAUUAUUGAAUAGACCCUGUAACAAAUCGAGGAGAAACAAGAAAGAACAAGUCGACCAUUCACAAUAGACAGUGAUAAACCAUCAUUUUCAUUACAUGUAAGACCUCAAACUAGUAAAUUAGAAUAGUCAGUCAACUAAAAAUGUGCAUAGUCUAGCCAAUAAUCACUUAGUGUCACUAAGAAACGCACUCUUAGGAUGGAUAGAUCUGAGUUUAAGGGAUUGUACUUAGCAUAGGCUUGUGAUGUUAGCGACAACAAUUUCAGUAAAACCAUCCGUUCUAAUUGUACCAUUCUUAAGGGAAUCUCGAAUUAAAAGAUUAGAGCAUAACAAAUGCCUUAGAAUAUUAGGUCUACUAAUUAACCUGAGGAGAAUGUAAACAAAAUGUUAGAUUCAUUUGAGGGCAAAUUGUAGGAUAAAAAACUUAAAUAUUGA